GCAAGGACGCGAUUCGCGACAACUUGCAGCCAGUUCAGAGCAGAAUCACUUUGGGAAGGAGAACAUGCAAAACCCACCGGAAGCCGUGCCGAUCAAUUCCUACGGCUACGAGCCACCGAAGACCUACAAUGGGGCGCGAUUUAGCUCGAAUCCGCCACCUCGGGACUAUGUUCUCUGGUCCCUGUUCAACUUAUUCUACAUGAACGCGUGUUGCCUUGGAUUUGGGGCUCUUUACUUCUCAAUACAGGCCAGAGACCGAAAAGUGGUCGGCGACGUCGAAGGGGCGCGAGGAUACGGGCUCAAGGCGCGCCGCCUCAACAUCGCGGCGCUCUGUGUCUCCCUGGUGGUCUUCCUCAUCAUCAUCAUCAUUCUUGCUUCGCGCGCCCAUGCCUUAUCGCAUAUGAUGCAUGGUGGGAAUUAACGGAGGCAAUUUGCUGAUAAGAAGCUUCGUUACUUAAUGACCUUUUUCCUCUGCAUUCUGAUGCAUUAUAGCCCUGCUACCAAUUUCUAUUUUUCAUAUGCACUCGUCUUGGUGCCAUUAAAAAAAAAAAAAAAUCAUAAUAAUGAUUUUUUUAAAAAACUUUUGGUUAAUAUUCUUUGCUAUUAUUAAGAAAUGCACAUUUUCAUAAAAUGUUACUUUUUAACCUGUUUAAA